AUGGGUUUGGUUGAUGGUUGUAAAGCAACGUUUUCUUCAAUUCCCGUUCCAACAACGCAACCGAAAACAAUCUCGACAAAUUCAGGCGUAUCAGAUUCAAGGAAGUGCACUCAAAAUGCGGAUGGAAAGGAAAUCAAGCAGGUCAAAAAAUCUUUUGCCGCAUGGAGGCCUCCACCAACAGCUCGUUCCUUACAGACUCUUCGACCCUCACAAAGCACUUCAAAGAAGAACUCAAGUGCGGCCGGUAAAAUUGAUUCUGUGGGUAUACCUUUCGAGAAAGAUGCAAAAUCUCUAUUCGAUAUCAUCAAUCACAAACCAAUUGCACAUAUUAUUGGCAGGCCUUCAUAUGCGCGUCAGCGUGAACGUCUUUCUCUGUUCCCGAAUGGAAUCAAUCCUAUGGAUAUAACUGUUAAAAGUCACACUACAGCUGCCACGUUCCUGUCUCCAAGAAUAUCGACAAGCAUUUUCGAUUCAUCUGAACUCCAGCCAUUGUCUACUCCAAUUGGUGCAUCCUCUUCGUGCACACCAUCGAAUUCCACUCUCAGAUCUUCUUGUAAAAAAACUCCUAAGUCAGUUCGUUUCAACGACAAGAUUGCAUUCAGAAGUCCAUCUGUAGCGAGCGUCGACAAACCUCAGGUCGACUCGGUCUGCGAAAUGAUAAACGUCGGAGUUGACGACGAGGAGCUAGAUGCGCAACUGUGCAAAUUGUCAUUAAAAACGAUCAUGAGACUUCAAAAUUCACUGCGUCGGAUCAAGUCUGAGUNCCAAGAAAUGGCUGGAGGGAACGAAUUGAAUGAGAGUGAUGAAGGAAACGCCGAGCAAUUACUCGCGAUGAACAGUUAUGCGCCAAAGCGUGGAACGAGAUCAAGGAAAAUGGCCGACGAAGGAAGUACACGCUCAGAAAAGAAGCUCUCGACGGUCAAUGAAGAAGAUGAAUCGAGUAGUCGGAUAACGAGGAUGAAGACUCGUUCAGCCGGACACCAGGUAUCGUUCCUGCCGCCGAAAAGUCCGCAGAGGAAUAGAAGGACUCGUAAAGUGCUUGCAGAAGUUUACGCUGAUUAG